CGCGCGUUUGUUUUGGAAUUUUUGCUGCCGCAAAAAUUUAUGGAUAAAUUUUGUUAACUUUAAAGUAACUUAUUGUUAAAACAGGAGAUUUUCUUGUCGCUUGAGCUAGGCAGUUCGAUUCGAUAAAAUGUCCUCUACACAGCGAGUUCAGCAAUGGGCAACAUUCGCUCGGCAAUGGCACAUAUUCGAUUGCACCUGGCAAAACCCGUUCGAGGCGGCAUCGCUCAUAAGGAAACAUCUAAUGGGUCUCCAUAAGCCAAUAUACCAUCCAUUAAAUGACUGCGGUGACCAUGUAGUGGUGAUCAACACUUCUGAAAUAGCCCUGCCUGGCGAUGAGUGGAAAAAACGUGCUUACUUCCACCACACCGGAUACGCGGGAGGCGCCAGUUGGACACUAGCCUGGCAGCUGCACGAGAAAGACCCUACCAUGAUCAUGAAAAAGGCCGUUUACCGUGCAAUGAAAGGGAAUCUGCAACGGCGCUACACGAUGCAAAGAUUGCAUCUAUUCAAGGACGAGGAGGUGCCUAAAGAAAUACUGGAAAACGUGACCAACCAAAUACGACAACCACGCCGAGUACCGGAACGGUUAGACAAAAUCGACGAGGAAGUUGUUCGUAACUUCCCCAAGAUCAUGGACUACCCACAGGAUUACAUUCUUCGAUAGGAAUGCGGCGGUGGCCAACCGGCUGAGCGUAGUUUGUCAACGGAUGCUGUUCGACAGCGAAAUAAAACGUACCGUU